AUGUUCCAAGUAUUACAUUACGUCUUCCUUGUCUUGUUGACCUCUGUCCUUCUUCUCUCCCUCCUCCUGUUGUCCCUGCAGGUGCCACAGUGGUGUGUGGAGUAUGCUUUGUCCUAUGAAUUUUCUCAGGGCCUGGUGUGUUGUUCCCAGCCCUAUUCGGUGACAGCGUCGAGCCUGGCCCUCCGUGUGGCUGAUGAGAUGGACCUCAGUCUGGGUCUGGAGGUGGGCUACAGGGUGUCUCAUGACGACAGCUGCACACCUGACACCUUGCUCAGGUUUGUCAGUGAUACUCUUCUGUUAGAGGAAAUGAUGUCAGACCCUCUGCUGCAUCAGUAUGGCGUUGUGGUUUUGGACGAACUCCAGGAGCGUACGGUGCCCACCGACGUGCUGCUGGGACUGCUGUGUGACGUCUGCCGGCAGAGGCCAGACAACUUCAGGGUGGUUCUGCUCACUCACCCAACGCUGGCACCUCGCCUUUCCACCUUCUUGGGACCAUCAGUCCCUCACCUCUCCUUGGACAGCGUGCUCACUGACCCCCCUAGCAGAGACCAGGAGGAGGGGGGUGGGGUAGAGGGGGACAGGAAGGCUGUGGAGUUGAGCAGGGUGGAGACGUUAUACCGGGAGCUCUCUCCAGGGAAGGACCCGGCAGCUGCUGCCUGUCACAUGGUGCUGGAUCUCCACAGGAGGGGGGAGGAAGGAGAUGUGAUGGUGUUUCUGGCCAGUCCUCAGGAGACGGAGGAGUGUGUGACCCUGCUGGAGAGGGAGUGUGUAGCUCUGAGUCCUCAGCUCGGUCCUCUCAGGAUCCUCCCGCUCCAUGCUGGACUGGGGGGGCUGGCCCAGCGGGUCUACGACUCAAACCCUGAGGCUUCCGCACGGCAGAAUGACAGCUCCGAGGCUGUGGAUGGCUCAGUGCUGGGAGCUGGAGGGCCGGGGGUCAAAAGGAAGGUCAUCCUGUCUGACACCCUGGCAGAAGCCUCCUUCUCCCUGCCUGCUAUUCGCUAUGUCAUAGACACAGGCCUUCAACUCAAAACUGUUUACAAUCCACAAAUACGAGCUAAUUCUCAGGUGGUGAGGACGAUCAGCAAACACCAGGCCGACAUGAGAGCUCAAAGGGUGAACAGCCACCUGCCAGGGCUGUGUCUCCGUCUGUACCCUCAGUGUCUGUAUGAGGAUGGGAUGGAGGAGGCUCAUUGUCCUGGAGUGAUGGAAGAAAACCUCAGCCACCUGGUGCUGUUGCUCAAAAGGCUCGAUAUUGCAGACAUGGGACAGUGCAAGUUCCUGGACAGACCAGCCCCCGAGGCUCUAAUGCAGGCCCUGGAGGACCUGGACUACCUGGCAGCGCUGGAUGAUGAUGGUAACCUGUCAGAAGUGGGCAUCAUUAUGUCAGAGCUGCCACUCGAGCCGCCGCUGGCUAAAGCCCUGAUCGCUGCCUGCGAGUACGACUGUGUUGACGAGCUGCUCACCAUCGCUGCCAUGCUCACAGCUCCGUCAUGCUUUGUGGCAGCAGAACCCAGCAGGGAGGAGGCAGCAAUCACACACUGGAGACCUCUGAUGCACGCAGAGGGAGACCACAUGACUCUCAUUAAUAUCUAUAACACCUUCAUAGAGCAUAAUCAGGAUGAGGCGUGGUGCACAACAAACUUCCUCAGUCACGCCGCCUUGCGAUUGGCUGUGGUGAUCAGGGCGGAGUUGCUGGAGGUGAUGCAGCGGAUAGAGCUUCCUGUUUCUCCCCCUGCUUUUGGUUGCCAAGACAACUGCACCAACAUCAAGCGUGCCCUCAUCUCAGGCUUCUUCCUCAAAGUGGCUCAUGAUGUGGACGGCUCAGGUAACUACCUCCUGCUAACUCAUCGUCACGUGGCUCACCUGCAUCGCUUCUCGUCCUACCUGUGUCGGCAGCCGUGCCCCAACCCCCCCAGCUGGGUCCUGUACCAUGAAUUCACCAUCUCCUGCGAUAACUGCAUCCGCAUCGCUUCUGAAGUCCACCCUCAGAUGCUGGUGGAGUUGUCCCCUCAGUACUACCUGGGAAACCUGCCAUCGAGUGAUGGCAAAGAGCUGCUCAUGGAGCUGAGGCAGAGUCUGGGGCCUUCGUCAUACGAGCAGGACGGAGUGUCGGACGAGCACAGCAGGACUCACAGAGACGCAGACGGGACAGAGGACUCUCUCAAUCAGUCCAGCACUGAGCUCUGUGUUGUCCAGUGAGACAGAGGAAGAGAUGGAGCAUCUCAGGGGAGGACACUAAACACACGGCUGUCACUUUAUCCUUUGAUCUGAGAUCUGGUACUUUGUAUGAGUUAGUCUGAAAUCUCAUUGGAGGUUAAAUCAUUUUGAUGUGUGAUUUCAAACUGACUUUUACUGGAAAACACUAAUGUACAGUAAUGUAUUAAUAUAACUUCUACAGUAUGCAGUGGCUUUGGAAAAUAUUCAGACCUCUUCAUUUUCUCCUUUUGCUAUGUAUUGACUUAAUUUAAAAAUUGUAUCUAAUUUGUUUUUUUAAUCAACCC